AUGGCAAACCCAAGAUUAAUUGUGCUAUUUGUGCUUGUGAUUUUUGCAACAUAUUCUUUGUGUGAAGAAAGUUCCAACGCAGGUUCGAGUAAAAUCGACAUAGUGUUUGUCCUGGACAAGUCUGGAAGCAUCGGCCUAAGAAAUUUCAUUUUGGAAAAGAAAUUUGUGCAAAGUUUAAUAGAAUACUUUCCAAUCUUUCCUGCCAAAACUCGCGUGGCUGUUGUAACAUACUCAAACUUUGUGAAGCUCGAGUUUAAUUUCAAAAAGUUCAUCAAUAAGGAGUGUUUACGGAAAGGAAUUUUGAAGAUAAGGUACACGGGCGGUGGAACAGCGACUGGUUCUGCAUUACAAUAUGUUCGAAACAAUCUUAUCUUUAGCGCGGCUGCUGGGGCGAGGAGUGGGGCGAAGAAAGUGGUAUUUGUUCUGACGGAUGGCAGGUCCAACAUUGGGAUAAAUCCUUCUGUCCCUGCUGGCCAGCUGAAAGCAAGCAGGGUUGUCAUGUUUGCACUUGGUGUUACAAACAGCGUACGGGAGAGCGAACUCCUGUCGAUUGCAUCUUCCCCUGCACACGUGUUUCACGUCGCAAGUUUUGCGACAUUGAGGAGCGUCACUGCGCAAAUCAGUGGAGAUCUUUCCAGAAAUUGCUACAAUGGUCAGAUCGUUUACGACGAAUGUGGUAGACGAUGUCAGUGUCAAUACGGCCGACUAGUGAAGUGUUGUCGACUUCGAAAAGAGUUCACAGACAUGAGCUACACCGAACGUGUCCGCUACAUCAAUACUGUGAAAACAGCCUCAACAAACCCAGCGUACAAACCACAAUACGAUACACUUCUAACGCUACACAAAACGAUCUUUUUCGGUAAUGGGAUUCACGCUUUACAAUUCUUUUUGCCUUGGCAUCGCUGGUUCAUACUGCAAUACGAAAAUUUGCUUCGACAGAUCGACUGCCGAGUCACGGUGCCUUACUGGGACUGGAGUUUGGUCGGAGCAGACCCGUUCUCAAGCUCCUUCUGGAACACAGGCGCGGGCGGUUUUGGCGGGAACGGCGUCCCAGGGGGGAGCUGCGUAAACACCGGUCCAUUCCGGCCACCGUGGUCGCUUCCGGCCAGCGCCGGGGGAGGAUGUCUGACACGAAAUUUCCUUGGUACAGCUCCGGACGCCAUUGCUGUUCAAAAUUUGAUUUCAUCGAAUGCAAAUGCAGCGGAUUUCAUUAAUUUCGAAGAUGCUUUACGACUUCAGUUUCACGACUAUGUUCAUUGUAUGAUUGAUGGCACAAUGUGCACCACAGAUUCAGCGACGGCGCCAGAAUUCUUCUUACAUCAUGCAUUCGUUGAUAAGAUCUGGUGGGAUUGGCAGAAACAAAGCAACGCACACAAGUUCCACACGUAUUUCACGACGCAGACUGGGUUGAUGUCAUCUACACCCUAUCGAUCCCAAGAAUUUCUGGAUUUGAACAGCCAGCCAGAUUGUGUGUGUGCCGAGUAUGUUGACCCUCAAAAUAACGCGUAUCGACGCAUUAAAGCUGCGUCAAGCAGCCAACUUAAGAACGUGGCACGACUGCCCCUUCCACCGUUGUCUGCCAAGGCCGCAAGACUGUUUGGAACAUCACAAGCAGAAAUACGAAGAGUCACCAGGCUUAUUGCUAAGAUACAACCAAGACGUACCGUAUUGAAGAGCGGUUUACGAGGAGCCGAUGCUAAACUUGGUUUCAAAUUGAGCCAAGUGGGACAGCCAGGUCGACGUCAUCCCAUUGGUCGGAAAGGAAAACAGGGUUUCAGAGGUGCUCCUGGUACGGGUGACGAAGAAAAUUAA